AUGGCAACUACUAUUUCCUACGGCGAAAAAAACUCUGGAUUCCAGGCAGGAGUAAUACACGGGAAUGUCGGAAAUGUCACUAUUGUACAAUCCGAAACGCUGAAUCAAGAAUGCCUUCGUGAUUUGCAUGCCACCAACCCUGUCGAUGAUAAAGAGCGGAUCAAGAAUGACAAGGGUGGGCUACUCAAAGACUCAUAUCGCUGGAUUCUAGACAACAAAGAAUUCAAACAAUGGCGAGACAGCGAGAAAAACCGCCUUCUCUGGAUCAGGGGUGAUCCUGGUAAAGGCAAGACCAUGCUCCUAUGUGGUAUCAUUGAAGAGUUGACGAGAUUAUAUGGGGAUAAUGCGAGCAUCUCGUUCUUUUUCUGUCAGGCUACCGACAUGCGGAUCAACAGCGCUACGUCUGUCCUGAGGGGGCUGAUAUAUUUACUCGUCAAGAAUCAUCCAUCUCUCCUCCACCAUGUGAGAGCUCGGUACGACUAUACAGGAAAGACUCUCUUUGAGGAUGUCAAUGCAUGGAAUGCACUGUCGACGAUCUUCCGGGACAUUCUAAAAGACCCGAGCUUGCAAAUGACUUAUUUGGUAAUUGAUGCUCUAGAUGAGUGUACAACGGGACUUUAUUCUCUUCUAGACUUAAUUUUCCAGGAAUCAUCAGUUAAUCCACAGAUAAAGUGGGUUGUUUCUAGCCGCAACUGGCCUGAUAUUGAAGAGCGUCUUGACACUACCCAGACUGCUCCAAUCUCAUUAGAGCUAAAUGAGGCGUCUGUAUCUGAAGCUGUGAGCAAAUUCAUUCAACAUAAGGUUCACUCUCUGGCGAAAAUUAAAAAGUAUAGCGAUGAAACUCGUGAUACGAUAUGCCGUCACUUGUCUUCCAAUUCGCAAGGCACUUUCCUUUGGGUAGCCUUGGUCUGUCAAGAUCUUCAUAAAACAUCGCGGAGGCACGCUCUUAAGAAGCUAGAUGGAUUCCCUCCUGGACUGAAUGCCUUGUACGGUAGAAUGAUCGUUCAGGUUCGUAACUCGGAAGAUGCCGAGCUCUGCAAGCGAAUACUGGCUGUGAUGUCCGUAGUGUAUCGGCCUAUAGCGUUUGACGAACUGGCCUCUCUCGUUGAACUACCCGAUGAUCUCACUAGUGACUAUGAAGCCUUAGCAGAGAUUAUCGCGACAUGUGGCUCGUUUUUGGCUGUGCGCGACGACACUAUCAUUUUCGUCCAUCAGUCUGCGAAGGAGUUUCUACUUACAGAGACACAAAAUGUGGUUUUCCCUGGAGAUAUAAAAGCUGAACACCGCACGAUUUUCUCUCGCUCUUUGCAAGCAAUGUCCAAGACACUCCAACGUGAUAUCUUUGAACUUAAUUUUCCUGGAUUUCCGAUUGAGAAAGUCAUACCACCCAGCCCGAAUCCAUUAGCAGCUGCAAAAUAUGCGUGUGUCUAUUGGGUUGACCAUCUUUACCAUAGCGGAUAUCCUGAAAAAAGGGAUUUUAGCGUUGAUGAGAAAGAGUAUGUGGAAGAUUUUCUGCAAAGGAAAUACCUUCACUGGCUUGAAGCCCUGAGCAUUCUUGGAAGCCUAUCACAAGGCAUAGCAGCUAUGCUAACGCUAGAGGUCUUGCUUCAGGAAAAAGGCGAACCGCCUGACCUUUUACAUCGAGUUCAAGACGCCUCCCGGUUCAUUCGAUACAACAGACUAGCAUUUGAAAAUAACCCCCUUCAAAUUUACUGUUCACCUCUGAUAUUUAGCCCAAUGUCGAGCAUCACAAGAAGACAAUAUCAAAGCCAGAGACCAGAUUGGGUUUUGAAUGAACCAUUGGUGGACAAAGAUUGGAGUCUAUGUCUUCAAACCCUCGAGGGGCAUAGUCAUUCGGUCUUCUCGGUUGCCUGGUCGCAAGAUGGCACUCGACUCGCAUCAGGGUCCCAUGAUAACACUGUGAAGAUCUGGGAUCCGAUCACCGGCCAGUGCACGUCAACCUUCGAGGGGCAUAGCGAUUCGGUAAUUUCAAUUGCCUGGUCGCAAGAUGGAACUCGACUCGCAUCAGCGUCCCGAGAUAAGAGCGUUAAGAUCUGGGAUCCGGCCACCGGCCAGUGUGCGUCAACCCUCGAAGGGCAUAGCCAUUCGGUCAAUUCGAUUGCCUGGUCGCAAGAUGGAAGUCGACUCGUAUCAGCGUCCACUGAUAAGAGCGUUAAGAUCUGGGAUCCGGCUACCGGCCAGUGCACGUCAGCCCUAGGGCAUAGCCAUUCGGUCAAUUCGAUUGCCUGGUCGCAAGAUGGAAGUCGACUCGCAUCAGCGUCUUUUGAUAAGAGCGUUAAGAUCUGGGAUCCGGCCACCGGCCAGUGCGCGUCAACCCUCGAAGGGCAUAGCCAUUCGGUCAAUUCGAUUGCCUGGUCGCAAGAUGGAAGUCGACUCGCAUCAGGGUCAGACGACGAGACCGUCAGGAUCUGGGAUCCGGCCACCGGCCAGUGCGCGUCAACCCUCGAAGGGCAUAGCCAUUCGGUCAAUUCGAUUGCCUGGUCGCAAGAUGGAAGUCGACUCGCAUCAGGAUCCUCUGAUACGACCGUUAGGAUCUGGGAUCCGAUCACCCGCCAGUGCGUGUUAACCCUCAAGGGGCAUAGCCAACCGGUCUUCGCGAUCGUCUGGUCGCAAGAUAGAAGUCGACUCGCAUCAGGGUCCUCUGAUAAGACGGUCAGGAUAUGGGAUCUGACCACCGGCCAGUGUGCGUCAACCCUGGAGGAACAUAGGGACUGGCGUUUCUCGAUUGCCUGGUCACAAGAUAGAAGCCGACUCGCAUCAACGUCCUGGAAUAAGACGGUCAGGGUCUGGGAUCCGGUCACCGGUCAGUGCGCAUUAACUCUCGAGGGGCAUCGCGGUUCGGUCCGUUCGAUUGCCUGGUCGCAAGAUGGAAGUCGACUCGCAACAGCGUCCUUCGAUAGCACUGUCAAGAUCUGGGAUUCAGUCACCGGCCAGUGCAGGUCAACCCUCGAAGGGCAUAGCCAUUCGGUCCUUUCGAUUGCCUGGUCGCAAGAUGGAAGUCGACUCGCAUCAGCGUCCCGAGACAAGAACGUUAAGGUCUGGGAUCCGGCUACCGGCCAGUGUGCGUCAACCCUCGAGGGGCAUAGCCAUUAUGUCAACUCGAUUGCCUGGUCGCCAGAUGGAAGUCGACUCGUAUCAGCGUCCUCUGAUAAGACGGUCAGGAUCUGGGAUCCGGUCACCGGCCAGUGCGCGUCAACCCUGGAGGGGCACCGCGGUUCGGUCAUCUCAAGCGCCUGGUCGCAAGAUGGAAGUCGACUCGCAUCAGCGUCCUUUGAUAAGACGGUCAGGAUAUGGGAUCUGGCCACCGGCCAGUGCGCGUCGAUCCUCGAGGGGCAUGGCCAUUCGGUUAUCUCGAUUGCCUGGUCGCAAGAUGGAAGCCGAGUUGCAUCGGGGUCAGACGACGAGACCGUCAGGAUCUGGGAUCCGGCCACCGGCCAGUGCGCGUCAACACUCCAUAUCAGCUCCCCCAAUUUCGUUCAAUUUGACAAAGUCAAUUUCACUUAUUUACACACUUCAAUUGGUACAUUUGACAUAAGAUUCGCUGCUACCGUCACUUCUACCCCUCACCAUUCGAUCUUGCCAGAACAAUACGGUCAUGGUUUGAAUGGUGAAUAUUCCUGGGUAACUUAUAACGGAGUGAAGCUCCUUUGGUUGCCUCCUGAAUACCGACCUAUUCAUUCCUCUCAUUUUGCUAUGUCAGCAACAAAUUUGGCGAUCGGUUGUUCGUCUGGUCUUGUCAUGUUUGUCGCGCUUACAGAACAGCCUCCCGUCCCUGGCCUUUGA